CCGGAAGUACACCGGCUGUCGAGCGAUCCCGGCGACGGCGGAGACGAAAUCUAAUCUAUUGAGUGCAAUAAAUCCUCUCCAUGUACUGUUUAUGCAGUAACUUAUAAUAAGGAGACUUUAUAUGACGUAACGAUUUAAUAAGGAGUUUUUUAUGACGUAACAGUUUAAUAAGGAGACUCGAGAUGUUCAACAGACAGACCAGCCUCUGGAUGGGUGACCUGGACCCCUACAUGGACGAGAACUUCAUCAAGCAGGCCUUCAGCACCAUGGGGGAGACAGCGUUCGGAGUCAAGAUCAUCACCCACAGAAUCACAGGGGGCUCGGCAGGCUACUGCUUUGUGGAGAUGUCUGAUGAGGCGAGCGUGGACCGCUGUGUUCAGAGGCUGAACGGGAAGCUGGUCCCUGGAUCCAACCCUCCCCGCAAGUUUAAGCUAAACUAUGCAACCUACGGGAAACGGCCAGAAGCAGGGCCAGAGUUCUCUGUGUUUGUGGGCGACUUGUCCUCUGAUGUGGACGACUUCCAGCUCCACCAAGUCUUUAAGAAGUACCCCUCCUGCAAAGGGGCCAAGGUGGUGACAGACCAGUACGGGAACUCCAGAGGUUACGGCUUUGUGAAGUUUGGAGAAGAGACGGAGCAGAAGAGGUCCAUCGAGGAGUGCCAGGGAACCGUGCUCGGAGGAAAGCCGCUGCGCCUUAGCAUCGCUGUGGCCAAGAGCCAAAAGGUGAGCAACUACCACGGAGGCCAGGGCCAAGGUUACCAUAGCAACUACAAUCAGCAGCAGUCCGGCUACUAUGGGAGCCAUGGCAACGGAGGGCAGGGGGGUUACUACCCCCAGUGGGGGGGUUAUGACCAGUAUGGUGGCUAUAGCAACAGUGGCUAUAGCAAUGCCGGCUACCCCCCGGGGUACAACUACAACUACGGAGCAUAUGGAUACCCCCCCCCCGGCCACGCAGCGGGCCCUCCCCCCCCUGCUGGAGUCCCGCCCACAUCCACCGAGGCAUCGGGGGCCACAGAGGGUUGCCACGAUGACAGCGGUGAGGUGGAGGACAACGGAGAAGAGCUGGAUGUGGUGGACGUGCUGCAGGCUAACAGAGACUUCAUGGAACACAGCGAAGAACUUUAUGACGCAAUGAUGGACUGCCAGUGGGAGCCCCUUGACACCAUUACCUCCCCCAUCCCCUCCCUCUCCUGAGGCCCCUCCCCCAUUACCUUCCUCUCCUGAGGCUCCUCCCCCAUCCCCUCCCUCUCCGGAGGCCCCUCCCUCAUCCCCUCCCUCUCC